CGCGUUGCGAUACAGUACGUGGAGGCUGCCAACCCCAAAGACAAUUUCACUUUCAAAUGUCAUCGUUCUGCGGAACUCAUCAACGGUUAUCAGGAAAUUUACGCUGUGAAUGACACUGCUUUCCAUCCUAAUUACGGGACGUUAGCAACGGUUGGCUCGGAUGGCCGAAUUUCAUUUUGGGAUAAAGAUGCCCGAACAAAACUGAAAACAUCGGAUGCACUGCCAGCUCCAAUAACACGAUGUACAAUACAUCAGUCCGGGCAGAUGAUGGCUUAUGCUAUCGGAUACGAUUGGAGUAAGGGACAUGAAGGCCACAAUGCUCAAACUGCUGGUAGCAAAAUUUUCUUGCAUGCGUGUGAUGAGGAAAUGAAACCGAAACAAAAGAAAUGA